AUCAAACCAUCCUUGAACUGAACUUAUCAUCUCAUUCUUAAGAGCUGAUACAUAAACUAUACCUGGGUCUAUUCCAGGCUGUUCAUUGAGAACAUGGCCGAGGACACUACUUAUGAAUACAGAGCCAUCGAAACCCUACGAACCAUUCGGUUGGUGCAUCUUCAUCCAGGCAUAGAGACUGACCCGAUCCAUCUGUCUCUCGUGACCACAAGCCUUGAUACCGCACCCGAUUUUGAGGCAAUUUCGUACUGUUGGGGCAGAGCGCAAGAAGAGCAGCAAGUGACAUGCAACAAUGCCACCCUCACCAUCACCAAUAGUCUAUUUACGGGGCUUGUGCACUUUCGGUAUCCCGAUCGUCCUCGAGUUGUCUGGGCCGAUGCCAUCUGCAUUAACCAGGCUGACUUAGCCGAAAAGAGUGGGCAAGUGCUGUUGAUGCCUCAUAUCUACUCACAGGCGACGCGUACACUGGUCUGGCUCGGUAUUGCCAGCGACCCCGUCUUCGGAACCGUGUCGCCUAGCGUGGCCGUCUCUAUUCGCCGUGCUCUCGAGCUGUUGCCCGAGAUCGACCCGGAGGAUCCCGCCGACAUAGCGGCCAAGCUAGAGGCUACACACCUUGAAUCGCAGCGUCUCUAUGACGAGGGCAAGCCGAGCUUGCUAGAUCAUGACUGGGUGCCAUUGGUGGCAUUGCUGGAACGGCCUUGGUUCCGUCGCAAGUGGGUUGUUCAAGAGGUUGCACUCGCUAAGGAAGCAAUGUUAUAUAUCGGCGGUGGGAUUGAGAUCCCCUGGCCAGACUUGGCGAAGCUUGCGUUUAGUAUGGGGCUGCUGGGAAUCCAGAGGCUUCUAACCUUGAAGACUGGGAAUACAGUGCUAGAGACUAUUGCUCCGCCGGUGAUUUGUGUUACCAAUGUCCUCAUGGUCCAAAUCUUUAGACGACACGCCACUCUUGUUGAUGGUAUCGUAGCUACUAUCGAUUUUGACUGCACGGACCCUAGAGACCACGUCUAUUCACUACUGAGUCUUGGCGCUAUCGGGCCCACGAUUUUACCUGACUAUCAUGUCUCGGUCUGCGAGGUAUUUCGACGUUUUGCGGUGGCAAUGUUGGUGCAAGGCGAGAGUCUGAAACUGCUGAGUCUGGCGCCUGACAGGAUCGGUUUUGUCAACCCGGAUAUUGAGAGACUUGAAGGGCUGCCGUCGUGGGCUCCCGAUUUCCGACUCAUCAACUCAGAUGUCAUGGUCAGCUAUACGGUCAGACCACAGGCCUUCUUCGCCGGAGGACGUUCCAAGCCGAUUGUAAGUGUAUCUGACGAUCAAGAAAUUCUCAAAUGCCAGGGCUGGUUGGUCGAUACUGUCAAAACAUUCGCCACCUCCAUGGUCGAGAUGUUGUUGGUCGACAUUCCUGAGCUGCGAUCUUCGCCGGGGUCCCUGGUAGAUCCGUUGAUAGAGCGAAGGAAGAAGCGACUCGCCCGAUGGUUGGAAAGUUGCUAUCACACUGCUUUCCCCCAAACUAACGGUUCCAAUAAUGCUGACCCCGACGACGAUCGUAUGAUGGCCUUUUCUCGCACAAUGGUGUGCGAUAUGGAUAUCAUGCGCAACCGCCUAUCUCCAGAAGUAGUGGGUGCUUUCCCGCAGUAUAUGCAGUGGGCAGCUGAACGCGUGGCAAGCAAGCAAGGCGGAACUAAGGAGCAGACAGCGUCUAUGAGUGAAUGUUCUGCGGUCAUCGAUACAAGUAUAGUUGCAAUGGCAUCGUGGCUGAAGUUCUGCAUCACGGAAAACGGUCGCUUUGCCCAAAUACCACAGACAUCAGAGGUUGGGGAUUGCAUCUGUAUUCUUGUUGGUGGCGAGGUACCUUUUGUCGUACGGCCGACUAGGCGCGGAACAUACACCAUCGUCGGUGAAUGCUACGUUGAUGGUGUUAUGGACGGCGAAGUUGUUGAAGAGAAACGUAUCAUAGGCGAGGCAUCUAGCAUUAUUCAAUUUGAGUAGUCGGCAGUACGUCUAAGGCUUGGGCAGGUAGUUGGUAUUAAACGGCCUACAUGCCCCAUGUAACGUGAAUUGUAGAGUCUAUGGGGUGAGGUCUGUGAGCUCGUCGUGAUUCGAUGAUGGCGACGAUGAUUUCAAAUGGAUGUCAAUCCUCAGAGCGAAUAAGUCGCCUAACUGAUGCCUGCCGUAAUGUCAGGAGACACAGUCACAAAGACCCUAG